AACACUCAUAAUUUCUUUAGCAUAAUUUGGCAGUUGGCUUCGCUGUCAAUCGGAAAAUGGCAGCGACGAGUGUUGUCGUUCUCGACAGAGGCAAUAAUACAACUUGUACCGUAAAUCUUUUCGGUGCAACUGUGGUAUCAUGGAGAGUCAAUAACCAGGAGCAACUUUUUGUUAGCAAACAAGCAAUUUUCGAUGGCAAACGACCGAUACGAGGGGGAGUACCGUUUGUAUUCCCCCAAUUUGGCGAUUGGGCGUUUGGUCCGAUGCACGGAUUCGCACGGAUCGCUCGUUGGCAUGUGGAGAAAAUGCCGGAGAGGUUGCCCAGCGGAGACGUGGAAGCUGUCUUCAGCCUCAUGGAUGAUGACUUCACCAGGUCCAUGUGGCACUUUCAAUUUAGACUGACGUAUCGGUUGAUACUCCGUGAAAAGGAGCUUCAUUUCAACAUCGGCGUGUACAACCCGAGCAAGGAGCUGACAUUCAGCUGUCAGCUCUUGCUCCACACCUACUUCAAAGUGCCGGACGUACGUCGUUGUCAGAUCACCGGCUUGCAUGGAUGCAUGUUUAUAGACAAGAGUCGAGAUGGUGUGAUGUACCAAGACACGCGUGAAGUGGUGACGAUAAACGAAUGCACGUCUCGCAUCUAUCAGAAUACGAUGCAGGAGCACAUCAUCACAAAUGUUGUUAGUGGAAGGAAGAUGAGGAUACAGAAGUAUAACUUCCCUGAUACUGUAAUCUGGAACCCAUGGGCGGACUUGGCAAAAGAAAUCCCAGACCUGGGUGAUGAUGAGUUCCCGAAUAUGGUGUGUGUGGAAGCGGGUCGUAUCGCUGCGCCCAUUGUACUUCUGCCUGGUACAGCUUUUGAGGCCAGUCAGAUACUACAGGUAAUGUAAAUGAAGCGUCAAAUCGCGCAGAGCCGUCCAAAUGUGAAGUCAAUUUGCGUAUGUUAUGACAAUAUUAACGACUUACCUAUCUGAUUGAAACCUGGUUAAUUAUACCAGAUAAGUUAGAGUAUGAUUAUUAUAAUGGAUAAAUUGAAUAAACGCACGUAUACGUUGUACGUACGUGCUUAGAACGAACAGUACGUUAAACGAUUAAUGCAUGUAUGUGAAAGCUUUAGUUGCGUUCUGAGGGAGUGUUUUUAAUGAAUAGACUACGUUCGAAUAGUAUUCGUGUAGUUAAUUUGUAAUAACGAGCCUUUUCAAAGAACUAAAUUGUCAAAUCUGCAGGAAAAAACUUUUGUUAAUUUCCCACUCCCCAUUUUAAAUUCAAAAUCUUCAGAUUUUUUAAUAUCUUUGAGGGCCAUGUGUACUUGACGUAAUCUCGAAUGUUCUUUUAAUUAAUUAAUCCAUUAUAAUAAAAUCUUGCAACAUUUUUAUACAAUUUAAAUAAGUUCAGUGCAUUUACAUCCAUCCUCAAUUAGCAUAACUUUGUAUUUUAACUACUAAUUAGUAGGUCUUUUAAUAUUUUAAUUGUAAUAUGCCUUAGGCACUAGUAAUAUGGAAUAUCUAUCGGUAAUACAAUCACAGUUAAACAUCUAAAUAUAUUUGAACUUAUAAAUAUUCUUAAAUCUCAAGAAC